AUGGUGACAGGCCACUUCAAUCAACUUGAGCAGGAGUCUGAGGCCUAUUCAAACGAGACUACAGAGAGCCAAGCCAGCCAUCAGUACUUAGAAGAUGACGCCAGUGAGGUGUUCGGUGACUACACGAUCGGCAACAACGACGACAUGGAGUACGUCAAAGCCAAGCUAUACCAACCCUCCCACACCAAUGAUGUCCUCGCGUUCCUCACUGCGAUGUCCCAUCUCACUGUAGGUCAAGAGCCUGGCACGAUGGAGUUCCUUUAUGAGAACCACCUCAAUGCCUUAGCCGUUGCCACCAACUCCAUCGCACCGCCGGUCGACGAUACCAAGCCUAGACCCACAGUUUACAGCACGGAGCAUGAGGCUCACUCGUCUGAUGAUGAGCCCGAGACUGAACGUUGGCGUGCGGAGUUAAUCAUAUACCCGGAUAACCAUCCUAUGCUAUCUCCUCGAAAACUCAUGUUCGCCCUCAACUUUCCGAACCUUGCUAAGAAGGAGUGGGCAGAGCUCGGCGGUGCCGACCCCGACACUAUCGAGCUGCCGAAAACAUUCAAGGAGAUCGACAAUAAACAGCGACGUGACCUUUUUGAUCGUGCCGAGAGAAACGCAGAGGGCGAUGGUGUCUGGGAUCGCGUCAUCGAGGCAAUAGAGAAGCGAAGCCUUCACGCCCUGUUCCCUAGCAUCCCUCUCUCCGCGAAGGAGCGCAUCAUUGAGGAGCAGCGCAUUGCUAAAGAGCGAGAGGCCUGGCAAGCGGCCAUGAAGGUGAAAUAUCAACGAGAGGGGUGGCAAUUUCAAGAGCCUCCGACUCAAGACCAAUCAGCUCACAUGCAGUUAACUCAAGAGCAGUCAGCUCAAGAUCAGCCUCAGGCUCAAGAGGGUUCACAGGGAAAGCAUGCAGCGAAGAACAAGAGAAAACGAGAUAAGAAGAAGGGAAAGAAGAACGCCGCACUCGCUGCGCCGGAUCAGGAGCACCAUGAGGCUGGAAUGUCUGAAGAGCCCAUGGCAACAGGUCAAGGUGCCAAAGCCCAAACUGAGACUGCCAUGGACAACUUCUUGGAGAAUACCGAGUCGGAGGACCCCGGCCAUGAGAGCAGAUCCAUGGACAACGCCUACUUGAAUGAUAAUGACAUGGAUGAAGACCGAUCGAAGGAUGCCGCAGAGUCUUCCACGAAUCUCGAGCAGACCUCGGACUUGAUGGCAAUCUCUCAAGAUGUGGGCGGUCCCAGCGGGAUUACUCAGGACAGUCCUGUGGAUGAGCGCUUGGAGGACAUCGAGUUGGAUGAGAUCUCUCGACCGAUUAAGAGCCCGAACAUAUCCAACUCUGGCUUCGCAGAAUGGACACCAAUCUCCCAGCAACAGCAAUUCGUCCACGACAACACGACUGAGUACGACGUUGAUCAAGAGGGGCUAGAGAUUACUGACGAUAGCUCUUCUCAGACUCUAGUCGAGGAAGAGCCUAUCCUGGCCGAGGACACAAGCGUCGAGGAUUCCGAUCAUAACGAAGAGCUACAGUAUGCGGAGGACAACAUUCUUCUGGCAGAAGAGGAUGACGAGCCCGAGGUGCUUUACUCGAGCGAGGAGGUAUCGGAUAUCUCAGCCAUGGCCCACGGCAACGGUGACGUUCAAAACCAGGAUGAAGUCCAGCCUCUAACAACAGUCCAAUCCUAUCGUCUUCCGCUGGUUGCACCGGCCCUUCCAGACUAUGAGAGACUACUUGAGGUCAUUGCGAUAAACAGCGGCUUAUUAAUUACUCCUGCUCGUGGUACGGAUACACUUGGCGACGACUUGUCCUCAGCGUCUGAAGUGACCGGGGAGCAUGAUGAAACCAUCAACGAUAUCGAUGCAUCCCUAUCUGAUCCCGACACUCUGCCACAGGCUCAAAACCUCGAGACUGAUUUCGUCAUCGGCAGCGAGGACGAUCGCAUCAGCAUUGUCGAAGAGUCUGAUGCACCCCCGGCUGAUCAAAGCUCUUCUCCUCCACAUACUCAACUUGAAGAGGCCGAUUCCGUCACCAGCAGCGCGCAAGAUCUCAUCAGCAUUGUCGACGACGACAUGACUGCUCUGAUAGAUUUUGCCCCUUCUGCUGCCUCUCCGGCAACCGUCCCUUCGCCUCGGGUCCUGCACGCCAACACCGGCCCCAGAAUCGACCCUCUUAUUUCAAGACUCAUUGAUGAGUCGGAUGAGGUCUCUGGCGGUUAUAGCGUAGAGGACCAGUACAACCGGUCUCAUCGAGGCCGCGGACGCUCAGAGUCUUCGUCGGAAUGGAGGUGCACAAGAUGGGCGUGCACAGAGUGUUCUUAG